CGAAGCAAUGCCUCCCUCCUUUCCGUUGUGCAGCCAGCCAGCCAGCAGCCAUCACAUUCAAUUCCUCCGCCCAUCACCAUCAGAUCAACGACCACGCACCCAGCUCCCACACGCACUUCGCGGCAUCGCUGCACUGUUGCUAUCGGGCGGGUGUUGUGCGUGUCCUCCUUCACUCCCCCCCCAUUGCUGUUGCCCUCUUCGAGCCACGCUUUGGCCUGUCAUCGUCGCGUUUGUCGCACGGCACAGAGGGAACCCGCAACAACAACAGCAACGACAACAGCAACACCAGCAACAACAACAGCAACGACAACUGCUGCUUCACCCUAACCCAACCCAACACACACAACACAUACAGACACACACACACAUACACACAGACACACACACACACACACACCAUCGGUCAUCAUGGCGUCGACGACUGCAAGCAUCAGCACGGCGCCACUAACCACGACAAGCUCGUCGAUGAACAUGACAAACAACAUCAUGGCUGACGACAACGACGCGCCGCUGUGGCAAGGGAUCGUCACGCUGUGCUUGCUUGGCGUGAUGCUCGUGGCCAUGGCCAAGGAGCUGGCCCCGCCAGACAUGCUCAUGAUGGGCAUCCUCGUGCUCUUCGUCCCCAUGGGGAUCAUCACCAUCAACGAGGCCGUGGAGGGCUUCUCCAACACGGGCAUGCUCACGGUUGCCGUGCUGUUCCCCGUCGCCGCUGGCGUGCAGCUGACGGGCGCCGUCGAGCCCCUGCGGCGGCUGCUUGAGCGCCGCACACGGCCCGCGCGCGGCGAGCUGGCCAGCGUGCCAAAAGUCCUCUCCUGGAUCAUGCUGCCCAUCGCGGCCCUCUCCGCCUUCCUCAACAACACGCCCGUUGUAGCCAUGAUGAUUCCGCUGAUUGAGAAGCUGGGCCAGCGCAUCGGCGUGGCGCCCUCCAAGCUCCUCAUCCCGCUCAGCUACGCCUCCAUCUUGGGCGGCACGUGCACCCUCAUCGGCACAUCCACCAAUCUCGUGGUUGUCGGCCUUGUCUCCGAGCGCGUUGAGGGGUUCUCCAUGGGCAUCUUUGAGAUUGGGCAGGUGGGCCUGCCGGUGCUGUUUGCGGGCAUUGCGUAUGUCCUGCUGCUCGCCGCGCGCGUGCUGCCGGAUCGCCAGUCUGUGACCACCGCCAUUGUGCGCCCGAAGGAGUACAUCACGUGCAUGUUCGUGAAGAAGGCGUCAGAGGCGUCCAACACGACACUCGAGGGCAAGACGGUGCUUGAGGCCGGCCUGCGUAGCCUGCCUGGCCUCUUCCUCAUCCAGAUUGAGCGUGAGAACGGCGUGAUUGUGACUGCGCCCAGCCCAGAUUGUAUCCUGCAGGGUGGCGAUAAGCUCUUCUUUGCAGGCAAGGUCGACUCCGUGCUCAGCCUCUCCCAAGUCCGCGGCUUGCGCCUCGCCGAGGACGACGAGCACGAGGUUGACCUGAAUCGGCUUCGUGGCGACGACAUCCUGGUUGAGGCCGUGGUUGCGCCCCACUCCGCCCUUGUGCACCGCAGCGUCAAGGCCGCCCGCUUCCGCACGCGGUUCAAGGCCGCCAUCAUUGCCGUGCACCGCCACGGUGUGCGCAUCAACCAGAAGAUUGGCGACAUUGUGCUGCAGGCGGGCGACACCCUGCUGCUCGUCACCAACAAGGACUUUGUCAAGCUGUACCAGUCCCAGGACCACUUUGCGCUCGUGAGCGAGGUCGACGGACACCGCAAUUUGCGGUGGAACAAGGCUCCGAUUGCCGUCAUUCUCACCGUGGCCAUGAUUGCGCUCAGCGUUGCAGAGGUGAUCGACCUCCUCACGGCCGCGCUCUUUGCGGCCGCUGGGCUCGUGCUCUUCCGCUGCAUGUCUGCGUCUGAGAUUCGAAGCGCCAUCAACCUGGAGGUGCUGCUGGUGAUUGCGGCUGCGUUUGGGCUGAGCAACGCCCUUGUCAACAGCGGCGCGGCCGAGCUCAUGGCGCGCGCUGUUGUGUUGGCGUCCAAGCCAACGGGGGUAACGGGGCUGUACAUCAUGGUGUAUCUCACCACCGUGCUGCUGAGUGCCGUUGUCACCAACAAUGCCGCCAUCACCAUCAUGUUCCCCGUCGCGUUCCAAGCGGCCAUGGAUCUCGAGGAGGAUUUCUUUCCGCUGCUUCUGCUGCUGAUGAUGGGGGCGAGCUCAAGUUUCAUGACACCAACGGGAUACCAGACCAAUCUCAUGGUCUACGGCCCGGGCGGAUACACGUUCAUGGAUUUUCUCAAGUUUGGUGGCGGGCUGCAGAUAUGGCUCGGUGUCAUCACCGUCGCUGUUGUUGUCACGCUCGAGUUCUGGUACCUGUGGGCGGUGGGCAUGCUUGGCCUGGCUAUUGCAGUCUUCAUCUUCUCUCCAAAGCCAAAGCCAAAGCCUCGUCGCGAGACGGAUGUUGAUGUUGAGCGUGGCCCCAACAGCGACACAGAGAGCCCACCGCGCAAGGAGGUGUACUACUACCAGCCCGACCUUGGUCUUGCCAAGCUCGAGUGCUUCGAUGAUGAAGAGGAGCGAAGCAUGACGGUGCAGCACGCCCUGUACGCCGACUUUGCAUAGCGCCAAUCAAUGUCAUGUCUCGUAAUGUAAUGUCACGCAGGCCUGGAUGUGUUGCCGCAUCAUGAUUUGUAACAGCAAGUCGUUGUUGACUUUGUCAUGUCAUCACUCUUUUCACCCUCCUUGUUCCUGACUGCACUACAUAUUUUCGCUUGUCCCUGCUUCCUGCUUAUGUGUGUGUGUGUGUGUGUGUGUGUGUGUGUGUGUGUGUGUGUGUGUG